AUGAAGUUCACAAUUGUCUUUGCUGGACUUCUUGGCAUCUUCCUGACUCCUACUCUUGCUGGCUAUGAUAUCAAUGUCAAUGAUAACAACAACAGUGGUGGAAGUGGGCAGCAGUCAGUGAGUGUCAACAAUGAACAUGGCGUGGCCAAUAUUGACAAUAACAACGGAUGGGGUUCCUGGAAUUCCCUCUGGGAUUACGAAAGUGGCUUUGCUGUAAUCAGAUCCUUUAAGAAGAAAUCGUGCAUUGUGCACAAAAUGAACAAGGAAGUCAUGCCCUCUAUUCAAGCCCUUGAUAUGCUGGCCAAGAAAGACAAGCUUCAGGGUAGAGGACCAGAGGGACUACCUCCCAAAAGCCUGAUCUACUCAGUCAAGCCUGACAAAGUCAACAACCUGGACCAGUUUGGAAAAUCCAUUGUUACCAUGUGCAAGGGGAUUCCAACAUACAUGGCUGAAGAGAUUCAGGGAGCAAACCUGAUUCUGUACCCAGAAAAGUGCAUCAAGGUUGACAUACUCUGGAUUCUGAACAUUUCCUUAUGUGAAGAAGCAAUGGAGAACUAA